CCGUACGCGUAACCGAUUCAGUCGAAGCGUUAAGCUGCCUGGCCAAAAAAAGGCAAAAUUAACUAACCUUAGACCCCGUCACCCUAGGAAGAGAACGCAGUCAUGGAGGAUACUAGAUUGUCCAUCAAUGGAGGAGAAGAAAAGCUCAAUUCAGCAGGAGAAGAUGCUCCAGGUCAGGAGCAAGUCGAUGGAGACAGAGCGGCAGAGAUGAGGAAGAGAAUGGAAUCAUGGCUGAAUCAACCGAUGAGGAUACAGAUGACAGAUGGGAGGACACUGGUAGGCACGUUCAUCUGCACCGAUAAGGAUCGAAACGUUAUAUUGGGCUCGUGUGAGGAGUAUGUGAACCCUCCAGAUUCACCUGAUAAAGAAGAACCAAGAGUGCUUGGACUGGCCAUGGUACCUGGUCAACACAUAGUCAGCAUAGAGAUUGAUAAAGCAAGUAACUCAGCGUUAUGAUAGACAUAUCCAGGAAAAAAGAAAAAGAUGUGAAAUUUGCAGGUGUGUCUUGAAAUCUAUCUCACGAGCAUAGAAUCAGGUGAACCAUGAAAGACAAUUGAAGUUGUUGGCACAUAGUCAGCAUAGAGAUUGAUGAAGCAAGUAACUCACAAUUAUGACAGACAGAUCUAGGAUAAAAGAAAAGGUAUGUGAAAUGUGCUGGUUGCGUCUUGGAAUCUAUCUGGUAUAGACUCAGGUGUACCCUGAAAGACACUUGAAGUUGAUGACACAUAUUCCGCACUGAGAUUGAUGAAACGAGUAACUCACCAUUAUUACAGACGUAACCAGUAUCAUAGAAAAUGUUGUGAAUUACGCUCAUUGCAUCUUCAAAUCUAUCUUGUAAGUCAGCAAUGAGAUUGGUGAAGCAAGUAAGUCACGAUUAUCGCAGACAUAUUCAGGAGAAAGAAGAAAAUAGAAAAGUAAAGAUUGUGUAGUAUGCUCGUAUCUUCAAAUCUG